AUGGAUAUAUUGUUCCUCUUAAACGUAUUUCAACUUGAUACACUCAUGGUUGCCAGAACUUCAUGUUCGUUAAUGCCUACUCGAGUCACAACUGACAAGCAAAGGAAAGUGCUGGAUAUGCUUGGAAAAGACAAAGGAUUCAUGCCUGGCCAAGACUAA